AUGGAGGAAAUCUUAAAAAAUAAAAUGAACACAGAAAAAAUGGAAACAGUAAACGAUUUAGAUGACAGAGAAUUUAUAGAAUAUAAAAAAAACUUUUGUUCAGUACAUUCUUUUAUUAUAGAAAAGUAUUGUAAUUACUGGGAGAUAUGUAGACUUAAUCAGACAUUUCUAGGAAGAAUAUUUUUCCCGAUAGACAAAAUAUUAAGAAAUGAUUCCCGCUUGUGGAUCUCAUCAAAUCUGAAAUAUGGUAAUAAACAUGUUUUAGUUCCUAUUGAUUUUUAUACAUUAACUGAAACAAUAUUAUCUUUAGAUGUAAGAAUAGGAGGAUUAUUUAGAGUUAGAAAUUCAAUGAUUACAGUGAAAGAAUGUGUAGAUAUGUUAGAAAGAGAGAUAUAUAAUAGAUCAUCAUUUAAAGAUAUUAGAGAUAAAUUGGCUGAAAGCUUUAAUGUUAUUGACUUGACCACAGCCUUUAAAGAAAUUCUAAGAAACUAUAAACAUUCAGUAAUACCAGAAGGUUUUUUACCAAUAAUUAUAAAAUUAUUCUCUGUAGAUAAACAGGAGGAUAGAUUAAUUCUUUAUCACUAUUUAUAUAUUUCUUUACCUAAAUUCAACAGACAUAUUUUAGAAGCUACAAUAUUUUUUUUGUACCUGAUUCACGACAUAGCAACAGUAGACGGGUCAGAUUAUACAAAUAAUAUGGAUAUGGCAGGAAUAUCAACGGUUAUAAUGCCUAACUUAUUACUUAAAAAUGUACAAGAUUUCUCCUUGGCAGAAGUUUCAUUGUUGGUAGAAUUUAUGAAAGAAUUUAUAUUGAAUUUUAAGACUAUUGCACAAAAAAAUACACUCUUUGAAAUAAUAGAUUAA